AUGACGAGUCAGGAAGAGGAGGAGGAGGAGGAGGAGGAGGAGGAGGAGGACGAGGACGAGGAGGAGGAGGAAGAGGAUGACUGGGUAGCCACGCUCACCACCUGUAUACCUAGCGCAAGCGCAUCUACCGACACGGAGCCAGGUGUCAGCGAACUUCGAGGGCCACGGUUUGCCAGUCCUGGCAUAGCAGAUGCUUGCGGACUUUUAAUUAAUUAG